AAGCCCCAUUGCCUACAUUUCCCAUCAGCCACUCGGCCUCCUUCCUGUGUACCAGUGUUUUGUGCUCGGUGGUGAACACAGGCUGCGGGUGGUAGUGAGUGACAGAAGGACAAACUGAAGAAGCAAGGUUUCCAACAUGACUGUGGACUGGAUAGGAUAUGGAUACGCAGCUCUUAUUGCAUCUGGGGGAGCCAUUGGUUAUGUGAAAGCAGGUAGUGUCCCCUCACUUGCUGCCGGUUUUCUCUUUGGAGGCCUCGCAGGUUUUGGUGCCUACCAGAUCUCCAAUGAUCCCAAUAAUAUUUGGGUGUCCCUCGCUACAUCAGGUGCGCUGACGGGGGUCAUGGGGAAAAGGUUUUAUGGAUCCAGGAAGUUCAUGCCUGCAGGCUUGAUGGCUGGAGCAAGUCUCCUGAUGGUGGGAAAGCUCAGUCUGGCAUUGCUCCAGAAACCCCAGGAGUCCUGAUGGAGUGAAGAUUCAGACACACUCUCAAACUUCUGUCUGAGGAGCGGCCCGUCAGCGUUGAACCGUCAUUUACUGUUGAACAUUAUUAUUAUUAUUUUGUAAGAAAUAAAGCAGGAGUGUAUAUUUUAGGAUGAAAUAUAAUACAAUGUUUCUAUAAGAGGA